AUGUCCGACGUUCAAGAACGCCUCAAGAAGCUCGGCCUCGGUGCCCGAACUGGACAACAAGCUGAUCUACGACACAGGCUAACGAAACGACUUAGUGGAAAGGGUACCCCCCGACGCAAGGUCAAGCGCGCACCUGCCCGCUCCGGUGCCGAUGACAAGAAGCUUCAGCUCGCCCUCAAGAAGCUGAACACCCAGCCCAUCCAGGCUAUUGAGGAGGUCAACAUGUUCAAGCAGGACGGAAACGUCAUCCACUUUGCUGCCCCCAAGGUCCACGCCGCCGUCCCCUCCAACACCUUCGCCAUCUACGGCAACGGUGAGGACAAGGAGCUUACUGAGCUUGUCCCUGGCAUCCUCAACCAGCUCGGCCCCGACUCCCUGGCCUCCCUCCGCAAGCUCGCUGAGAGCUACCAGAACCUCCAGAAGGAGAAGGGUGAGGACGACGACGAGAUCCCCGACCUUGUCGAGGGCGAGAACUUCGAGGGCGAGCCCAAGGUCGAAUAA